AUGAGCCCCAACUUGCAAGUAGCAAGUUUAAAUUGCUCACCAGUUAAUGUUGCAGCGCAAACGACUUGCAAGAAUGGCCUGGGGCGCGUGCUAUAUGAGCGUCUGCCCAAUCAACAGCUGCAGGGCUAUGACGAUGAAGUAGUCAGGGAUACAGCGCCGCCAUUUCGUGUGCUGGAAAAGUGCCAGGAUCUGUGUCUGCGCGAUCGCACUGGCGGCAACAAUCUGGUGCGCACUUGCACCAGCUUUGACUUUCAGCCAGGCAGUCGCAUCACCUCGUUCGGUGGCAACUCGGAGUACGAAGAGUCGCUGUGCUAUUUGACCAAUGAGCAGGCGGGACCCGAAGGCAUUGGCAGUCUGAUGCUGGUGCCCAAUAGUGUGCACUUCAAUGAGAUUUGUCUGACAUCAAGUCGCCCGGAGCGUGAGUGUCCCAGUCGUCGCUAUGUGUUUGAGCGACAUCCGCGCAAGAAGCUCAAGCUGCCCAUCAGCGAUAUCAAAGAGAUAACGGCAGCAAAUCGUUCGGAUUGCGAGGACAAAUGCCUGAACGAGUUUUCGUUUGUGUGUCGCUCCGCUAACUUUGAUUCCACAAUGCGUAGCUGCACGCUCAGCCGCUUUACACGCCGCACGCAUCCGGAGCUGAUGGAGGAUGAUCCCAACUCGGAUUACCUGGAGAACACCUGCCUGAACGCUGAGAGACGUUGCGAUGGGCUGGCUGUGUUCGUUAAGGAGGAGAACAAACGGCUGGGCGGGCCGUUUGAAGUGGACAUCUUCAACAACAUGACGCUGGAGGAGUGCCAGACCAUGUGUCUGCGUGCAGAGAAAUACUUUUGCCGCUCGGUGGAGUUUGAUGAUCAAAGCAAACAGUGCAUACUCUCGGAGGAGGACUCUAUAUCGCAGAAAGAUGACAUUAGCAUUAGCUCCAGCCCCACACAUCAUUUUUACGAUCUGGUGUGCCUCGAUAAUCAGCGCGCCAACGAUUAUCCAGAUAACUCAGUUACCUCGCAUCUUUUCUCCAGCGGCCGACGGCCAGAUACAGCAUUCCAGCGUUACCGCAAUUCGCGUCUUGGCGGCGAGUUUCACUCUGAGAUCACGGGACGUUCGCUCAGCGAAUGCUUGGACGAGUGCCUACGCCAGACGAGCUUCCAAUGCAGAUCUGCAGUUUAUAGUGAUCGCUUUCGUACUUGUCGCCUCAGUCGGUACAAUCAAAAGGAUGGCAUGCGCAUUAUAUAUGAUGCGGAUUAUGAUUACUACGAGAACCUAAUGUUAAAUGUUGUGGGCACUGGCGCCGAUGGCGAUGCUGGUCAUGGUAACAACGAUGGCAAGCGACCUGGCGAUCAGUCAGGCAACAACUGGAGACAGCCUAACAAGCAUGACGAUCGCUAUGGAACGGGAUCCAGCAGCUCGGGCGGUGCUGGCAGCGCUGGUGUGGGCGGUCCAAGUUCAAGCAUAGGCGGAGGCGGCUCCCGUCUGCCACCAGGCGAGGGCAUAGAUUAUGGCCGACCAUACGAUCGUUAUCCGGACAAUGCAGCAAAUGAAUAUGAUCGUUAUCCGUAUGGCGGCUAUGGCGAACGCGAUAGAGAUAGAUAUCCACCAGAUCGUUAUGGCGCUGGAGGCGGCGGCUCACGUUAUCCUGCAGCAGAUGGAAUGGGACGACCCUACGAUGGACGACCCUACGAUCGUUAUCCAGAUGACUAUGAUCGCUAUCCAAUGGGUGUUAAUGGGGACAGGGAUCGCGACAGAGAUCGCGAUCGCGAUCGUGAGCGCUAUCCGGAUCGUUAUGCACCAGAUCGUUAUGGCGACAGGCGUUAUCCGUUAAGAGAGCCGGAACGCGAUCGCUUGCCUUAUCGCCCGCUGCCUUAUCCGGCCAUCAAUGAUAAUACGUUACCCAGCGAUUUGCCGCACACGCGUCCCUUUCCCAGCGAUGAUGAAAGACCUUACGGCUAUGGCGGCGGCGGCAGAUACGGCGACAAUCGCUACGACAGUCGUUAUCCAUCACGUUAUGCGCCGGGCCGUGAGCCUGUGGGCGGCUAUACGGGUCGCGAUGCGCCGGAUACAAUAUUUCCCGAUAGACGCUAUCGCCCCUCGUCUAUGGAUGGCCCACGUUAUCCCUAUGCGCCAGACUCACGCGCUCCACCCGGACGUUAUGAUGACAUUGUGCACAGCGCACGUCGUCCCGAGCCGGAGUCGGCCAAGCGUUAUCCGCCAGCACCGCUAGUGCCCACGGGCAGCGCCAGCAAGUACGCCUCAACGCCAAAUCGCUUUCCGGUAGGUAAUGAUCGCUAUCCGCUCGAUAUCUACAAGUACGGCAAUCGUCCUGGCAUUGGAGAGCCCGGCAGGCGUCCUGCUUUAGAUCGUCCACCGCCUUACUACGAUUAUGAUUAUGAGGAGCGCUUUGGCGAUCGCUAUGCACCUGGACCUUAUGAUCGCGAAUAUGAUGGACCGCCAGCACGCAGACCUGCACCUGGAGCUGGCCCUUAUGGCCGCUAUGAUACGCCUUUUAAUCGUCCUUAUGGUCCAGGCGGCGGCAAUAUUGGAAAUGGCUUGGAUGAUCGUCCAAUACCGCUGCCUGGCGUUGGCUUGGGUCCGGGGCAUCCACCCACAUCUUAUGGCGCAGGUGGUCAUGUUGCAGCUGGACCACCACGUCCGCCCAUCACACGCUGCGAGGAGAGCGACAAUUUCAAGCAGAUUGCAGCCAGACACAAGAUGCGGCGUCACUUCGUGCGACGCGCGCUAAUCGUGCCCAGCCUGAUACAAUGCGAACGCGAAUGCAUCGAGAGUCGCGACUUUGUGUGUCGCAGCUUCAACUACAGAGACAGCGCCGCCGGCUAUGAGGAUCGCGACAGAGAUCGCGAGUCGCCCAACUGUGAGCUUAGCGACAGAGACUCGCGCGAACUGGAUAUACACGAUCCAGGCUCAUUCGAUGCCUCCAACUAUGACUUCUAUGAGCGCAGCAUUGGACGCAGCGGCGACGGCGAGUGCAUGGAUGUCACACAAACCUGCAACGAGGAGGGCAUGGAGUUCACCAUACGCACGCCCGAGGGCUUCUUGGGACGCAUUUAUACAUACGGCUUCUACGAUCGCUGCUUCUUCCGUGGCAACGGCGGCACUGUUAACGUGCUGCGCAUUAGUGGACCCCAAGGCUAUCCCGACUGUGGCACACAGCGCUACGGCGACACGCUGACUAAUAUAGUAGUCGUGCAAUUUUCGGACAAUGUACAAACAAGUCGCGAUAAGCGCUACAAUCUCACCUGCAUCUUUCGCGGCCCCGGCGAGGCAGUCGUCAGCUCUGGCUACAUUGGCGCGGGCUCGGGCAGUCCCAUACCCAUAGAGUAUCUGCCAGCGGAGAAUACGCUGAGCUCGAAGGUGCGUCUGAGCAUUUUGUAUCAAGGUCGACCCACCACUACCAUUGCUGUGGGUGAUCCGCUCACCUUCCGCCUGGAGGCGCAGGACGGCUACAAUCAUGUAACAGACAUCUUUGCCACCAAUGUGGUGGCCCGAGAUCCUUACUCUGGACGCAGCAUACAGCUUAUAGAUCGCUUUGGCUGUCCCGUUGAUCCGUAUGUGUUCCCAGAGCUGGACAAGCUACGUGAUGGCGAUACGCUGGAAGCACGCUUCAAUGCCUUCAAGAUACCCGAGUCAAACUUUUUGGUAUUCGAGGCAACAGUGCGCUCCUGCAGAGAAGGCUGCCAACCAGCCUAUUGCCCAGGCCCAGCAGGACGUCAGGAGCCCUCCUUUGGACGCAAGCGACGCUCGCUAAACAUAACAGCGCAGCCAGAGGCACAGGCAUUGGCAGGCAUAACGCAGCUGGAUGCGGACAAAGUGGAGCUGGAGCAGGUUACAGUGGUUAACAGCACUACAGUAAGCGCUACACUGGGCGCUGUGAAUGCUACGCAGCCAGGCGACAAGUCCAAGGAGGUAGAGGAGCCGGAGCAAGUACGCGAAAUGAUUGAGGUUUUCGAGACACGCGAAGAAAUCGAAAAGGAAUCGUAUCCACGCAAGCUGGUGGCACCUGUGGAAACAGUCUGCAUGACGCCCUCGGAAUACCAUGGCCUAAUCACAGCCAUCAUCUUGCUGAUGAUUCUGCUGUUUAGCAUAACGCUAGUGGCUGGCCUGGGUUACAGACGCUAUUGGAAGUCCAUGUCGAAGAAUCGCCUGGUAGAUCGCAACUCGCCCAUACACUCGCUGGGGCAUUCACACUCCUCAAGCAUACGCACUCAUGAGCGUUUCACCGAAAUUGGACACAUGCCCACGCGUGCCACAAGCGUGGCAGACAGCAACGGCAAUCAGAGCACUGCCAAUCGUGCUACGCAUGCGUUCCGCAACAACAUGUCCAUGUUUGGCGGCUCAUUGCACAAGACUUUUGCCACGGGCAAUUUGGCUCGCAUGUGCCAGCUGCCGGUUAUAAAUCCGAUGCGCAGCGGCGCCAACAGCAGCGGCACCGGUCCUCAUCAGUUCGAAGAUCCCAGCGAGCCCAUCUACACCGAUCCCUCGCUCUUUGAGCGCUCCAGGCUGCCUCAAGUCAAUGCAAUCAAACGCCAUUAUCACUGCGAAGUCUAACCAUGGUGGCCGAGUCGGAAGAUAAUCAAGAGGUUUAAAAAUCCAAAGAGCACACACAAGAAAUUUGCUCGUCUUCUUGUGAUUAGUUGUAAAUAAGCCACCGGACAAGACACAUCGGAACACUCAAAGAUAAACCAAAAACCACAAAAACAGCAAAACAAUAAUGAAUGCUUAUUUAU